GUUUCUACACUUAGUAUUUCUGAGUCUACUUUAGUUAUUCCACCAUUUGAACCUGAAACGGUUUCACCUACAGAAUCUGAAGAAAGCAAAAAUUCUGAUGAGUCUAAUACUUCGAAAGAUUCUCAAGAAUCAAAUGAAUCUAAAGAUUCUAAAGAUUCUAAAGAUUCUCAAGAAUCUGGUUCAGAUAAUUUACAGAAUAGUUCUGAAACAUUAGAGGUGGAAGUCCCAAAAAAGAAAAAAAAGUUUUCAAAAAAAUCUAAAAUUCCAAUUUUAACUUCUCGGUCAUUGUCUAACUCAGAUAUAAGAUCAAAAACACUUACUAAAGAGGAUUCCGAAUCUACAGUUGAUUCAACUUUAGAAUCUGAAGAUACUACAAUAAAAACAACCUCAACAAAAACUUCAUCUGCCCCUUCGCCAUCAUAUGUCUCUCAUUCAUCUAAAACUAAUUCCCAUUCUACUUAUCAUUCUACACCACAAAGAUCUAGAUCUCUAGCAUCAUCUAAAACUAUAUCAACUUUAGAAACAAUUCCUGAAAUAGAACGAUAUCAAUAUAGGCCACUUCGUCAUACACACCACAGAUACUCUGACAUUGAUUUUAUUAACUGCGGGUCCAAUUCACUGAGUAAUACAAAUGAUCGUCACUCAGAUAAUUGGAAGUACCGACGAGUCCACCCCAUGGGGCAUCACCACCACCAUCACCAUCAUCAUGAAGAUAGAGAAAGGGAGAGGGGUUAUCAGUCUCGUAUGGGUAUUCCCUGCUAUGGUCCCCCGGUCCUUUUCGAUAACGGCCAGUGUCGUAAUCAAUGCACCCAGAAAGAUCAUGAUUAUCAUAGGUCCCAUGGGACCUGUUAUACAAAAGAAUAUGAAGUCUACCAGUCUGAAGGUGUUUGUUGCAUCGGAAGUACUUUUAAACUGGCAGGAACAGAUAAAAGGUUACAGAAUGAAAACCUGCAGACUGUGCCUAUGUUUGGAGAUGUUGGAAGUCAAGCUGAUCAUACUUCUUUAUUCCGAAGACUGGAUGAGGAGUACCUUCGUGGGAGUUUUGGGAAGAAAUUACCUUUUAGGAUACCUUCUAGUAUUUUGGAGGGUUUGAAGGAGCAGGCUAAGGAACCUUUGAAAAUCUGUAUAAAAGAUCGUGGGAUACAAACACCUGGGAAGUGUCCCAUUCACGGGGAUAAGUUGAUAAAAGAAACUGUGAUACCCGUAAUUCCUAAUAAGAACAUCUACCAACCCAUGGCGAUGGAGAUUCAUUCCAAGAUGAAUAAAUCAACAGAUGUCUAUCAGGCUACUUUUGCUGAUGAUAAAAAUAAAAAUAAAAAUGCAGAACCAGAAGAUCUUGGGCCUCAAUCAAGCAGAACCAGUUUAGAUGACGAUGAUGACGAUGACGACGAAGAUAAUAUUGAGGAACCCCUAGAAACACAAAAAACUGUUUCUGGAGCCGAAGGUAUCCGACGUAGGAGAUACAGUGAUGAAAGCGUAGCAAGCUGGAGAUCCAACCGAUCUAACCGAUCCAACCGAAACUAUAAACCACGCAGAGCUGUCAGGUAUGAAGAUGACCGCUACAAAAAACGAGGUUGGUUAGACCGUUUAAAGCGCAAACAAGUAAACGAAGACAGUGAUGAUUCCGAAGACUAUGAUGAUCGUAGAUACCCACGAGGUAGAAGUAGAUCCCGAAAAAAAUACGACAACCGCUCCAGAAGCAGGGAUAGAUCCCGUAGGGAUAGAAACCGCUGGUACAUGGAUGACAAGGACUACUAUGAAUAUGUCAACAGAAAAAACGGUUGUGGUAAGCGAGGUGGAAAAAGAAGAUCACGAAGUCGUAGUGGACAAUGCGGGAAAAGAUCCAGAUCCAGGGGUAGAACCAGGGGCGGCAGGUAUAGAGAUUACGAUGAUGAUAACACCUAUAGACCUUCCCGAAAACCAGAUUCUGUCCCCCACCACGAUGAGGAGGUUGAGUGUCAUAAUGACUUUGGUAUUGCAAGGCAAAUAUUCGGAGGGGAAUGCAUGCAUGACGGGUUGCUCU